CAUAUGUGCAUGCACAUAAGCGCCGAAUAAUAUCUACAGAACUGGCCAAAGAAGACAGACGCUCUUACUCUAUUUCUUUUCCCUUUUGUCUUUUAACUGCACAUUGACUUCAAGCAUGUCUCAGAAAGGGACCAAAAAGAUAGUCUCACCCAGAGCAAGCACAUCGUCAAACACCCCUUCCGCACACGGUUCCGCACACGGUUCCGCACACGGUUCCGCACACGGUUCCGCACACGGUUCCGCACACGGUUCCGCACACGGUUCCGCACACGGUUCCGCACACGGUUCCGCACACGGUUCCGCACACGGUUCCGCACACGGGACCCCAGGGCGCUCCGCCCACCGCCAUACCAAGUCAGAAGAAAGCGGCAGUAGCUCCAGGCGUCGCAAGAGUCUGAGCCAGAAUGCGGCAGCAGUCUAUCUGUCCUACCUCAACACACUCUUCGGACAGGACAGGGAGCUGAUGCCUGAGGAGUUGGAAGAGCUUCAGGUGGCCUUUAAGGAGUUUGACUACGACGGGGACGGCUACCUGCAUUACAAAGACGUGGCCGAUUGCAUGAGGACCAUGGGUUACAUGCCCACUGAGAUGGAGCUCAUCGAGAUCAUACAGCAGAUCAAGAUGAAAUGGGGCGGUCACGUGGACUUUGAUGACUUCUGUGGUGAGCUGAUGGGCCCUAGAAUGCUGGCCGAGACGGCUCACAUGAUGGGGAUGAAGGAACUACGAAGUGCUUUCAGGCAGUUUGACAGCAACGGAGAUGGCCGCAUUACCCUGGAGGAGCUGAAGGAGAGCAUGAAGGCCCUGCUGGGCGAGAAGCUGAAGAAGGGCGAGCUCGAGGAGAUCCUCCAGGACAUUGACCUCAACAAGGACGGGAACAUUGACUUUGACGACCUGGGGUCCAUCCAGCAUCAAAAGAAAGGGGAUUUCAACUAGGUCUGAACCAGUACUAUCAAACUGAUCUACCCACUUAGGUGACACACAACCCUUUAAAUACUGUCCACACAAACAUCACACAGAGCCAAUCUUACACACCUCGAUCUAUUCAAUCUAACCAUGAAAGUUUCAGACAAUAACCUUCCUGAGGUGUAAAGGCUGGCACGCGCCAAACCAAACAUCGCUUUUCCUAAAUGUCAAGACUGCACAUACAGCUAUGGAAAAAAUUAAGCUGUAUAUUGAAUUUCAUAGGCCUAUUUUGUCACUCUAUGAGAACAACAUUUGACACACACUUGGGAACCCUGUCUAUGAUUACGUUCAGACCACAUUCCACAUCGUUCAUGGAAAACAAUCUGUCAAACUUGACCUCACUGAAAAAUCCCUGGCACAAAACAAGCAUCAGCAUAAACGCCUAAUCAACCAAUCAUAUCGCACAACAACUUCAGCCACGUGGACUGUUGAGCAGUCUUACUCCCCAGACUUUCAAUAAAAACGAGUUUGUUGUGAAAAAUAAAAUGGUAUUACACUAGCUAACAUUGGUGUUGUAGGCUGCAGGGGGUGCAAGCUUCGGUUGCUUUAUAUAACUUAAUGGCUAAAUUGGAUGUUUGUUACUGAUCAAUUUCAGGCCACCCUUCGCUGAAUUUUGAUUAGCAAAUGUAUAUUUUUUUUAACUAAAUUAUUCCCUUAUUAAGGUCACUCAUAGAAUGAUACCUUCACUCCCACAAAGGCCAACUUGGAAUAGUUGUUGUGCCAGGCUUACAUGCGCAAUAGCCUCGAGACAAGUUUGCUAACUUAUGCAACCGUUUCAUCACAGUAAUUUGGUAGUGUCCCAAAUACCACCAUAUUCCCUAUUUAGUGCAAUACUUUUUACCAGGGCCAAUAAAGAGUAGGGCACCGCUGAGGAUGCAUCUGAGUCAGCGGGUCUAAUGUCAUUACGGAAUGGGAGAGUCACAAGGGUUGACCCGCUGGUGAGCCGACUUUGGUAAUUUUAUUAUAGACUGUAACUGAGAACGUAACAUAGCAUUUAGUGUUAUGACGAGAGAUGAAAACAUGAUUUCAAUGCUUCAUUUUUCUGCCCGCUAAUAAUGUGGAAUUUACUGAGACACGAUAUGGUGUUUAGUGACUAGAGCACAAUCACCUCAUUAUUACCGAAAUCCUACAUCAUAGGCAUUCAUUGUAACAAAAACCGGAAAGUUACCAAAUACUUUGACCAAAUUGAUUACGGGGUUGAUUAGUGGUAGGAAACGGAAACAAAUUAUUACUAAAAGGAGUAGCAAAAUGGAGGCCUUGCCACCAAUUCCACCAAUUAUUCAACAGCGUCGGCCAAAAACAAGAAAAGGGCAUUCUGCUCUCUGACCUUUCUCUACACAAUCUGAUACAUGAUUUGUCAUGGAAGCAGAACACACAAUGUCUCAUGCACACAGGCCUUGGAUCUUCUUUAUUUUUUACAUUUGAGUCAUUUAGCAGAUGCUCUUAUCCAGAUCGACUUCCAAUAAGCGGAUUCCUCUCAGCCUCUCUUCUCUAUUAUUUAUGUGACUCCGUCAACAAGUCUGCUGUCAUGCUAAUGUGUUGCUUUUCUCACACCACAACCCAAGGGCUUGAUUCCAUUAAGUCGGUGCUAAGGAUAAUUACGUGGCUAGCUAGCCAUCACUAGGCGCACAGUGUUCCCUUUCAUGGAUGCUAAACAAAUCAGUGCCAGUAAAUGCAAGCUUGAAAUAAGAUAAUACCUGGCUUCUCAUUAAAAGAAAUAGACUACGGAGCUAAAGGGCUUUGGGGGGCAGAAGCAUAUUAGUUCAAGGGUGAAAAUCUGUGGUUCUGUCCCAUAGCAAGACAGUUUACCCUAAUUCAUAGGUUGUUGCUGUAAAUGUACUAAGUUAACUGGUAAAAUACACUACAUGGCCGAAGGUAUGUGGACGCCCAACAUCACACCUAUGAACUUGUUGGACAUCCCAUUCCAAGACAGUGGGCAUUAAAAUGGAGUUGGCUCUCCCUUUGCAGCUAGAACAGCCGCUACUCUUCUGCAAAGGAUUUCCACAAGACUUUGGAGUGUCUGUGGGAAAUGGUCACCCAUUCAGCUAUUUGUGAGGUCAAGCACUGAUGUUGGACUAGAUGUUGAAACACAGCCCCCAGACCAUUAUCCCUCCUCCACCAAACUUUACAGCAGGCACUAUGCAUUCCGGAUAAGUAGCGUUCUCCUGGCAUCCGCCACAUCUAGAUUCAACCAUCCGACUGCCAGAUGAUUCAUGACUCCAGAGAGCAUGUUUCCACUGCUCCUGAGUCCAGUGUUGGCAUAAUUUACACCACUCCAGCCGAUGCUUGUCAUUGCACAUAUUGAUGCUUGCAUACAGCAGCUCGGCCAUGUAAACCCAUUUCAUGAAGUUCCCGAUGCACAGUUCGUGUGCUGAUGUCGCUUCCAGAGGCGGUUUGGAACUUUGAGGCGAGUGAUGCAGCAGAUGAUAGGCGAUUUUUGCGCGCUACAUGUUUCGGCACACGGCGGCCCCGCUCUGUGAGUUUGCGUGAUCUAUCACUUCAUGGAUGGGCUGUUUUGACGGAGCUCUUUAGCACGACCCAUUGUACUGCCAAUGUUUGUCUACUGAGAUUACAUUGCUAUGUGCUGGACUAUAUACACCCGUUAGCAAUGGGUGUGGACCUGAAACACCAGAACUCAAUAAGUAGGGUUGUCAACAUACUUUUGGGUAUAAAGCGUAGGUGUAAAAAAAUAAAACAAUUGCUUUUGCUCCCAACUCCCUCCAUGUCUUCGUCUUCGUCAUUGUCUCACC